AACAUGAAGUUCAUCUUAUGAACUGAUGGUUUAGUGUGCUAGGCAGAGGUGAGUGUUCACCUCUGCAGCAAAGAGCUUUCUAGAUAUGACUGCGCGAUGCUUGCAUGCUAUUGGGAAUAUUGAAGGAAGAAAGCCCCCUUGAAGCACCGCAAAGGGUCAGCGGUGUGCGGAUCCAAUUUGGAAGGUGUCAUGAUAGGGGAGCGCUCCUGACGUUUUUUGGCUGUCAGAUGGUCUGCAGCAGUGCCUCCGUUUGUCGGGGGGGUGUGCAAGUUUUCUGCAUGAGGGAGAUGGUGCAAGGCUUGAAGCUUGAGAUGGAAGAUGAACGCACAGUGCAAGUGCAUCUGCUGUUCAGCGCAGCAAGAACCGUUAUGAAACGACAGAAGCAGAGGACCAAAAAAUGCGCAGUUUCUUACUUGCUACUUUAGGGAUUCAGGCGCUAAUUCCAGGUCCCUUUUUUUGUCUUCCUCAUCAGAGGUCUGGCCAUUUGCAUGCUGUAUUGAACUGAAAAUUGCGGGGUCUCAACAGCGGUCAGAGUCAAAAUUUACAGCACUGCUUGAGUUGAGAUUUUACAUAAGCAAGGAACUUUGAGUCAUCGUAGAGUGCUUGAGUGUGUGGUGCGAGGAUAUGGCUCUUUGGCGGAGCGCUGAUGAGCCAUGACAGAGGUUUGAACUUCCAAUUAUGAGGCAGGGUAUCGAAUAUAUUACUCAAUGUUGCAGGCGACAUGCUCAGUUGCAAAUUCAAAUUUGAAAUUCGAGCAAGUGGCAGGCCUCUCUGCGCAUAGUGUCCAUCGUUUAUGCGGCUGUUGCAUGAGGCGAGUUUUCACUUUGCAUAUAUUCACACGUAAGUGGUGCCAGAUUAAAACGUGUUCAAUAUGAAGAUUCGC